GUUUACAUGUGGAAAACACAGAUAACUUUUUUAUCAUGUUUUUAUCUUUGCAAAAAUAUUUUGACUAGUUCUAAUUUUAGAAGAAAGUUUGAUAUAUUAAAAAAAAUAAUAGUGAAAAAGUGAGAGUGAACAUUUUUCUAGACUAUUUGGUUCUUAAAUUUCUUACAGCAGUCAGCAACCUUCUACAAGAUGGGAAAGUCGAAACGAAAGAAGAAUAAGAGGAUCGAACUAGAUCCACCAACAGUCGAUUCUAAAGAGGGAACAAUUCAAAAUUUGCCGGAAAAGUUUAUAAACAUGCAGGUGAAAAAUGGUAGCAAGAUGAGGAAAAUCUUGGAGUAUGCAAUAAAAGAAUUUGCCAAUCAUGAUGCAAUUCUUUGGACUGCUGCUGGUGAAGCAGUUACAAAAGCGAUUUCUUGUGUAGAAAUUUUUAAAAGACAACACGCAGGUUUGCACCAAAUUACAAAACUGGGAUCGAUACAGUCCAAAAAAUCAUUGGAGGAAAAAGACAAAGAUGGAAAGGUAAAAGUUCGUUACGUUGCUCAAAUUAACAUUUUAUUAACGAGAGAAACGACACAGAAAACAGAUCUUGGUUAUCAAGCACCCGACAAUACACGAAUGUUUUGGAAUUUGAAAAACGAGGUUUCGACGGAAGCUUUGAAGGAAGAACAGCCGCAAGGCAGUGGCAGUGCGAAACUCAAAAGCUCGGCAGCCGAAGAAUUUACAGCAAUGGUGGGAUCGCCAUCUCCGCAAAAGAGGUCGAGAAAGGAGCAGCACACGGGAGGGCCAUUAAAGAAAAAAAAAAAAGGUGAUAAUCGAUAGUAAAAGAUAAUCGGUCAUACGCGACCGUUUCAACAAUACCCGGGUCAAUACAUACUUUACUUGUUUAAAAAAACAAUCCAGAAUAUGCUCCCACCCUGCACGAUAAGUUUAUCUUAUUAAUAGAAAACAAACAUGUGCGCUGCGCCUGCGAUUAUUAUUAUUUUAACCAUACACAGUUUAUAAAUAUAAAAUUUAUAUUAAUGAAAAAUUCUGUGUGUUCAUUGUAUCUAUUAUGUGCAAUAAUAGAAAA